AUGAGCAAGACAAGCGAUUCGUCCACAGCUUCAUCCUUGGAAGUCCAUUUGCUUGGAAAUAAACUGAAUUCAUUGGGUCUGCAAGAUUCUCCACAUGGGCCGUCGAAACAACGUCGAAAACAGCAGAGUGGUAAGCGUACUGUUUGCAUUCCGUUUUCUAAGUUUGAACAUAGUGAUCUGGAUUAUUUCCCAGAUGACACAGCUGACUUCUUCGAAGGCUGCGAAGAGGUCGCUACAUAUCAAAAUGGUUAUUUAUUCAUGAAAGAUAGCUCAAAGAAACCACUCUAUCCCUGCUUGCAAAUGUUUGCUGCCCUUAUAGCCGAGAACAGAGGCCCAAAGAAUAAGCUACCAUACAUAGGGUGCGAUUUAUAUCAGGGUCAUGAACGUUAUAAGCCCUUGCCGUCCAGCGAACUGGACAGUAGCAUAGCAUGUUUUGAAUAUAUCAAGAAGUGGGAAAGACGUAAAAUCUCAAAAAGCUUCAACUCAGGUAAGGUCACAAUCAUCUCUCCUCGUCAUCAUGUGGUUGAUCUCGUAAUGGCAUUAUUUCAUGACGAUGAAGUCUCCAUAAUCUGCACAAAUAUUGGAAAGGGUAAACUUAUCUUCUCGGGUGAUAGGUCGAAAGAAGAACGAAAUGGAUUAAACUCUAAAAAUUCCAUGACACGCAAAAUUUGUUACUCAGGGUUUGCGCUUGAGGAUAAGUUAACUACUUCACAUGACGAGAGGAUGGGACCCUUCUACUCAAUCGUUGAAGGUAAAAUAAACGAACGUUUAAGUCUAUUACUUCGCUGUGAGAUGGAUGCGUAUAACCCCAUUUUCAAUCGUUACACCGAACUUAAGUGCUUCACAAAACUAAACGUUCAAGAUACCGCUCACAGAAGGAAGCUUCUUAAAACUUGGGUACAAAUCGGAUUAAUUCCAGACUCUGAUUUGAUUAUUGGAACCCGUGAUACGCAGGUAGGUCAGCUUGAAGACUUGACCUGGUACUCCAGAGGGAGCCUCUACAAAAAAUUUAACAACCCUAGCAUCGCCCGUAAUAAUAAGUACCUCAACUUCAACGCCAACAUCGCUGUUGAAUGGUGCUUCCAUUGCAUAGAGUCUAUAUGUGACCUUGUUAUGAAAAACUCGCUUUCGUCGCCCGAUGAUCCAUACCCAAAGUAUGAAUCUUUCAAAGUCAUUGUGGAUAAAUCCCAUAACAUUAUCGUUAAAAAGCUGACGAAGGUUCCGAGACAUGUCCAGAUUCCAAGGGCCUUUAGGUAG